AUGAAUGAGGAUACAUUCAACGAAUGGUCUUAUAAUACGAAAUGUUCAAUCCUUUUUAGUUAUGGAGGAGGCAUGUAUUUCCAGUCAUCUUUAUUUUGCGCAUUUGACAUCACUUGCUCUGUGUGGACAUUUCUGCCAACAAGAAGCUGCCCCUUUAAAAACGCCUCCGUCUUUUGCGACCUCCGACUCGGUCACCCCAUCGCCGGAGCGCUUGGCAAAGUGACCCCCUCCCCCCUUUUCCUCGCUGUAUGUGUGCCGCAUCUUAUCUUACCAGCGGAAUGCCUCACAACAGCUGUGUAGGGGGCAGAGGUGGGGGGGGGGGGGGGGUCGGCAGGCAGUGGGCUGGCCGAAACCCCCCUAGUAGGCCCCCCACAGCAGCAACACUCCCCCCUUCUCUCUCUUUUUCUCUCUCUCUCUCUCUCCCUCCCCGUGUGAGCGACAUUCCGGGCUGGUGAAAGGCAAGUUAAAAGUGAAGCAGACACACAAGCAAGGGAAAGAGGGAGGAGGAGGAGGAGAGCACAAAGAGAAGGAAAGUGGAGCAGGGGAGGGGAACGGGAGGCUGGCUGACGGCGGCCAGACAAAAGAAGGAGAAGGCGAAGGAGACGCGGAGGGAGCGCAGGCGAGGCGGAGGGGGGAGCGCAGCAAAUGGCCACGGAGGAGACGGCGGGGGGAGCCAGGAAAGCCACCAAGAGCAAACUGUUUGAGUUCCUGGUCCAUGGAGUGCGUCCCGGCAUGCCGUCCGGGGCAAGGAUGCCCCACCAGGGAGCGCCGAUGGGCCCCCCCGGCCCGCCGUACGGAGGCAACCCGGCGGCGCGUCCCGGCCUGCCCUCCCCGGUGAUGGAGGCCGGCCGCAAGAGGCCCGCCCCAUCCCAGCAGGUCCAACAGCAACAGCAGCAGCAACAACAGCAGCAGCAGGCCGUCCAGAACCGGGCCAGGAAGAAGCCUCUGGGAUUCCCGGGAGGCGGCGAGAUGGCGGCCAGGCCCGUGGACAUGCGGGAGCCCCAAUCAGAUCCCACGCUUGGAUCCAAUGCAAAGAGAAGGAAAAUGGCAGACAAGAUUCUCCCACAAAGGAUCCGUGAGCUGGUCCCCGAGUCCCAAGCGUACAUGGACCUGCUGGCCUUCGAACGCAAGCUGGACCAGACUAUCAUGCGGAAGCGCGUGGACAUCCAGGAGGCACUCAAGAGGCCCAUGAAGCAGCAGAAGCGUAAGUUGAGGCUGUACAUUUCCAACACCUUCAACCCGGCACGGCCCGACGCCGACGACUCGGACGGCAGUAUCGCGUCGUGGGAGCUGCGGGUGGAGGGAAAGCUGCUGGAUGACCCGGGCAAGCAGAAGAAGAAAUUCUCCUCGUUUUUCAAGAGUCUGGUGAUCGAACUGGACAAAGACCUCUACGGACCCGACAACCACCUUGUGGAGUGGCAUCGCACAGCCACCACGCAGGAGACGGAUGGCUUCCAAGUCAAGCGUCCAGGAGACGUGAGCGUGCGCUGCACGCUACUGCUGAUGCUCGACUACCAGCCCCCCCAGUUCAAGCUGGACCCCCGUUUGGCGCGCCUGCUGGGCAUCCACACACAAACGCGCUCAUGCAUCAUCCAGGCGCUGUGGCAGUACGUCAAGACCAACAAGCUGCAGGACUCGCACGACAAGGAGUAUAUCAACUGUGACAAGUACUUCCAGCAGAUCUUCGACUGCCCGCGGCUGAAGUUCUCCGAGAUCCCCCAGCGUCUCACCAACCUCCUGCUCCCCCCGGAUCCAAUCGUCAUCAACCACGUCAUCAGCGUGGACCCCAACGACCAGAAAAAGACGGCGUGCUACGACAUUGACGUGGAAGUGGAGGACCCACUGAAGAGCCAGAUGAGCAGCUUCCUGCUGUCCACCGCCAACCAGCAGGAAAUCGCCACGCUGGACAACAAGAUCCAUGAGACCAUUGAGUCCAUCAACCAGCUGAAGAUCCAGAGAGACUUCAUGCUGAGUUUCUCACGGGAUCCCAAAGGCUACAUCCAGGACUGGCUCAAGUCCCAGAGCAGAGACCUCAAGCUGAUGACUGACGUGGUGGGCAACCCCGAGGAGGAGCGCCGGGCGGCCUUCUACCACGAGCCGUGGUCCCAGGAAGCCGUCAGCCGAUACUUCUACUGUAAGAUCCAGCAGAGGAGGCAAGAGCUAGAACAGGCCUUGGCUGUCCGCAACACCUAAACAAAGACCCCCUGCACUAGCGUGUGUUCCCCUUUACAUGUGUGUGGCUUUACGCAUGUGUGUGUGUGUGUUGGCAUUGUUCUCGUCGAGGGAAGACCUCCGCCAAGGCCAAAGGUCAAGGUCAGAAUAUUAGGUACACCAGCACUGAAUCAUACUGCGUGUCUCAUAUUGUAUCCCCCAUGUUAUGUAGCUAAAUAACCCAAAUAUUAGCAACAGCUCUGCGUCUGAUGCAUCCUCUUUGUGUGUUGUCUUUGUAAAGGUACCUAAUCAAGUGGCCGAUGAGUGUAUUUUGCCACAAAUUCAUACAUUGCCAACAAAGAAACAAAAAAAUAAUGCAACUCUGUCGAGUCAUUUUGCUCAGAGCUAAAUGUCUUUGGCGGAGGUAAAAAAAAAAAACAAGUAGCGAGACCGCAAUGAAGGGGUUUUUGUUUUUUUUUCGAUGUUCUUAGACUCAAGUACAAUGAAGAUUUCAGAUCAUGCAAAAGAAAGGGACAAGGCAGUGAACGCUUUGGUUUGUGUGUCUUUGGUCUUCAUCCCACCAGCAAAGUGAUUGGCUGAAUGCAGCAGUCACACACUCAAACUUGAUUUCAUUUCUCCCUUCCGAAAUCAAUCAGAAGACUUCCAAAGUGUCACAUUUGAGUGUCGAUGUGAACACUCUCUUCGGUGUUAUGCAAAUCCAUUGAAAUAUUGAUCCCCUCCCCGACCAAUCGCAAAUGACGAGCGUGCGGAUUGGCUGCCGUCGCCUCACUAGCAUGUCAACGCUCACGGUGAAGUCGAUUAAACGAGCUGCAUUUGUGUUUUUUUUUUUACAAUUUCCAAUGAGACUGCAUGGGAAGCUAACAGUUGGUGUGCUAACGUGAAGCAAGAGCGCAAGGCGAGUUGAGAAAUUGUGAGGGUGGCUUGAUGAUGAUGUUACGCCUUGCCGUGUAGUCACGUGUGACAGUGGUGCCUUGAGAUCACAAUUGGCCAAGUAGUGAAAGUCAAAACAGAUAAGGAAAUGUCCUCUGCUGCAGUAGGACGCCAACAGGCAAGCAUUUGGAGAAAAAAAAAAUUAAAUACCUGAGUCAUCAUCAAAAGGGCAUGCGUUUUUUUUUUAAUAAGGAAAAGCUACUUGAUGAAAAGAGUGUUACAAAAUCAUGAAUUCCUUAUUUCAUGCUGCUGUGCCUGCCUUGGCACUGGGGGGGGGCAGGAUAAUGAAGUCAUGCACUCAUGAAGAAUAGUGCUUCUACUACUGCGACUCGGUAAGCUGCUGUAAUAGUCUUUUUUUAUGGAAUAUAUGCCUGCAAGUAUUGUCUGUCUACAUGUGUUACUCCACAUUUGAUGCUUGGAAAAGCGCAAGUGCAAAAUAGGAGUAUGCCAAUGGCGUUUUACAUCGUUGCUGAGCAUAAAAGUAAGCGGACUUUCCUAAUGAAUACACAAGGUGUAUUUAUUUCGUUUUCGGUUCGGUUUUGGUCUCAACUCCAGGUAGGCGUGGCAAUAAACAGACUGAGAGGCCUUUUGGGAACAUUUCCUCACCAUCGGCCCAAGGAAUAAGAAUAAGAAUGCUCCAGUCAAACGAAACACCACCCGAAUGACAGCUCGAAUCUCGAAGAACUCACAAGUCGACUCCCCGGUAUCUCGAGGCACCGCUGUAUUUCCAGUGAGAUCAUGCUAACAGUGAAUAUGAUAACAUGUAGCAAGAGAGCAGCCCAGGUUUUGUGUGUGUAUGUGUGUGUGUGUGUGUGUGUGUGUGUGUGUAUGUGUGUUUUUACUGAUGACGAGAUGUGAAUGUAAAUAUGUUUUGUGGUUUGUUGUCUGAAGGAUGUGCAAGACGUCAACGGUGGGCGGCACAUGUGCUCAUUUCACUUCAGCUCACCGCAUGUGUAUGUGCAUAUUUUUUUCUUUUUUUUUUUUUUAAAGAAGGGUGACACUUGUUUGUUUUUGCGUCGAACGAAGAUUUGGUGUUGGAACGCGGCAGAUGUUCCCUUUUUUCUUCUUUUUUAAUUCUGCACUGUGCUGUAAAUUGUCCGCCUCCUCCUCCUGUUGAUCGUCAGCCUCGCAGGCGACACAAUCGUCAGUCUAAGCAAUUCAGUCGACGCACGCGCUUCUUCACUCCUCUGCAUGCUUCUAUCCAUCAAACACUAGCUGUAAAUAAACACGUAUAAUGCAUACGCUCUGUACACUUAGCAUGUUGCUCAAAUUGGACGGGCGGAAUAAUAAAAAUAACUGUGCCGGUAUUUGCUUCAAAAUGCAACUUUAUUCUCUCGAGAUUAUAAAAAUGACGAUAGUCUGGAGGUAUCAUAAUUGCUUUUAUUCAGUGUGGCCCUUCCGUUCCAUUGUUUAAAAAAAAGCCUUCUGAAACUUUUUGCCCAAAAUAAUCUAACGAGCUACCAGCGAAGCAGUUUAGCUGUGUUUUUUUUUUCUUACUUAGAGCAUAAAAACAAAAUUACAGAAUAAGCAUUAGUUGUCCUGUAGCUCUUUUGGUAUUCUAGUCGAGUCCAACAGCCGAUUAACGAGAGCUGGAGAAGACUCACAGCAGCUCGUGACGAAAAGUCCUCAAACAUGUCCGCUCGCUCCCUGCAUGUUUUUCUUUUUCCAAGCCGGCGAGGCUGCUCUUCACUUGAACACUGAUAAAAAAAAAAAAAUGGAUGACUUGACAUACAAAGACAAAAAAAAAAAAGAGGAGCAAAAGGGACAACAGCUGUGACCUUGUGUGACAGACUGGAUGUAAAUAAACAAGCGCUUGCCAAAGUUUGUAAAUGCC